AUGGCCUUCGAGCCGACCUUGGUUCUCCAUCCCGCCGCCUCUCCCGUCGCUGUCUCUGACGGUGAGCUCGCGAUGCAAGCGCCUGUGGCCCGUUCCGACUCGCGCGCAAGCGGCCGAAGCACCGUUUCGCUCACUCGCCGACCCGCGACAAGGACUCGCUCAAGGACACUCACCUCUGCCCCUCGCGUCCAGCAACCCACCAGCUCAAGACCGGCCACAGCGGAUGCGUAUGCGCCGCCAAUGCCCUCCUCGCCCCAGCCAAUGUAUCAGCCGAAUCGGCCACCGCGGUCUCCAAUGAGAGUGGCCACAAUGCCUUCCCAUGCCGAAUUUCCACAGACGCAGAGUCAGGCUCAGCAGAUAGCGGCGCAGGAGACGCAGAAGCAGAGGGCAUCGGAGGAGCUGGACGACCCGCGCAUUGGAAGAGCUGGGCGUGACGAUAGAGAGUCCAAGGCUCGAAAGCGUUGCUCGAGUGUGCCGCGCGAGUACAGGUUCUCCAUACAGUCCUCUAAUUUAUCAGAUCCAACCAGUCCGCUCUUUCCAAACCACAGUGGCAUGCAUCCUAUGCCUCCCUACAACUCCAUCUUUCUUCCCCGCGACCGUGCCCGCGACUCCAUAUUGACCGAGCAGUCUGGCAAUUCUUCUUCGAUUUACCCUCCUUCCUCGUCCACCGCCUCCGCGGCCUCCGGAACCGAUUGGCCACCUUCGCCACCUUCCGAUUUCGACCACCACUUCCAGUCAAAUCACGUGAUGUCGAUGGACUCGGCAGAGCAGGAGGACCUCCUUGCGUUCAAAACGGACGAUGUGGCUUAUCGCCUCCGACUCAUGGUCAACAAUAACUACUUCCUUCCACCCGCCCAUUCCAAACCCUCCCCUCUCGAUCUCGCCUCGCCCCGCCCGCAAUUGCAGAAGAAACCAUCAAAACAGACGGGCUUCUUCGAUCUCUUCCGUGGCAAGUCGAAAUCGAAAGCUACAACUCCUGAACCUUCGCCACCUAUAGAACACCGACCUGUGCUCAGGACCACCUCUGACUCGACCACUGCUUCUGGGUGGAUAGCGCCACAAAGCGGCCAGCCCGUCCGUUCCCAACCUAUACCUCGGUCACCGUUGUCAACUCCGCAAGAUCGCGCGGGUCGCGUUGCGGUCGUGCGUGAGAAGGUAGACAAUCUCGAACUUGCCGUUCAGCAGGCGGAGGAGGAUAUGAAGAGGGCUACCCAAGACGCUCAGAUGGAUACGGUCGCUACUUUCGACGAAGUCAUAGAUCCUACGGAUGCCGUCGACGUUCCUGUACUCUCACCCGAUUCUCUGUUUGCGGUUCAGACCUCGGCAAUGCAUGGGCUCGGAAUCGAGGAGUCUGUUGGAGCUGCGGUCCUCGCUGACCGUCUACCUCCGAAACAUUCCGAUUCUUCAGGUGGCUUGUGGUCUCUUGAUUCUGCCGAGGAGUCGUGGCGGAAGAAACUGCUACAGGAUGCUGUUGGACACUCGCUUACACCCUCAGAGGCCACGGAAUCACUUAUGUCUCCGCCCCUCAAGUCCCCCACACCAUCAAGCCCGUUGGCAAGAACUCCCGUCGAUCCGUCUCCGCCCCGUAGCUCGACGGUCUCUGCUCCCGAGGCGAGGAACGUCGUUGGUCAACCCAUUCUCACUCCCGAGAACUAUGCAAGAGAGAGUACUCGGUCUCCACAACAACGUAGGACGUCUAAGAGCCCUCGUCGAUGGACCCCGCCACGAAAGUUCCUCGCAGAACGUCAAGCAGUUUCUCCCGCUCUUCCCCAGCGCGCUGAAUCACCCGUCAUACCUGCUAUUCCUCUCGCACCCGCUCCUCGAAGUAAGGCGCUUGGCAGUCCAUCCUCCCAGGUCGAACUGCGGCCAUCAUCAGAUGACGACAUAGGGGUUGCCUCGCCACACGCACUCCGCAAAGCGAUGUCUUCUCCUGUCCUGCAUGGGUCCUAUAGCGACUCUCCACGGGGACGUAAAGGAUUCUCGCCACCACCUCUUCCCAUGGGUCGCCUAACGCCAUUAGGCCGUCCCGACAACACUCUCAACCACGAUAGACUACCAUCCUCGGGCCGCACUAGCAGCUCAAGUCUAUCUCGCGCGUCCUCGGAAGACCGACCCUUCCCUCGACCGUCAGAAUACAAUCCUCGUCCUUCCUUUGCAGCUUCCUUGCCCAGCCAUACAGAGUCCGAUUCUUCUCAGCCGUCGCCCACCGCGUCCGCCUUCCAGGACGCGCUUUUCGACCCUGAACAGGUCUCUGUUUCUGUACAUAUCACGCGGAGCGCGAACGCGAGCUCCGACAGUAUGCAUGAGCCAACAUCGAGGCUUUCGUUUGCCAAUGCGAACUUGAACGCCAGUGUCUCUUCCGUUUCGAGGUCCUUUAGAACAGCGCUGGACGAGGCUCCGCCUCGUUCGUCUUCUUCCUUCGGGCUCAAUAAUACGCUCAGACCACCCCCUCCUCGUCAUUCCGCUCUUCGCUCGGUAUCCACGGCCUCGAGCUCCCAGCCUUCUCUGACCUCCAGAGCUUCAUCCGAGCAGGGACACUCGAAUUACCAGUCCGCUAUGGAUGUCACGGAGAGCGCCACCGUGGAUAUGCAUAUCGAUAUUCUUGCUCCGGAUCCUACUACACCUCCCUUCCCUGAUGUCGACGACUUUGCGUCGUUGGCGCCAGUCAUGCCGAGAGGAAUGUCUGGCCGUCGGACCCGCGCUUCUCCGUUAUCUUCGUUGCAGAUCACCUCUCCUUCACUCAAUCACCCCGCUAUUCGGAGCGCGCCGCCACCUAUGAACUCGCCGCUCGAGUUCUUCGAUUAUAUACAGACGCAUCCGGAUGUUAUGGACGAUCUGGAGAGUCUAGAUGAGAGUAGCGAGUCGGAGGAGGAGAGCACUUCGUGGAUGGGUAGUGAUGUGGAUGAGAGAAGGGAUGAUUAUACGAGGACGAGAGCCACGACGAUCACAGGGCCUCAACCUCCAUCUGCUUAUGCAUAUUCUACAUACCCUCCUCCGCCCAGUCCUGGGCCUAUCGCAGGUCCCUCUUCGACCACCGCCAUGCGUCCCCCUCUAUCCAUGUCCUCCCUCCUCCAACUCCAAACCCGAAACCACUCCUCGCCGAACGUCUCCUCUCCGUCUCUCAGCGGUGGGUUUGGAGGAGGCGGUGCACCAAGAGCGAGCGAAUCGUCGUCGUCCCGUGCGCCAAAUAUCGCGAGCUUGGUGGCGGCGGAGAAGAGGAAGCCGGUGGGGAAUGUGCCGCAGAAGGCUCAGUAUUUUAAUAAAAGGAAGGGAGAGGGGGUUUCGAAUUUGGACUUUUUGCAGAGGCCGGCGACGCCGGAGGACGAGUUGUUGGGGGAGCGCGGGAUGGAGGUGUCGACGUCGAUGGGGACGGUGGGGGCUAGUUCGUCUAUUGGGACUAUUGGGGGAAGUGGGGGGUGGUUGCCGGGAAGUGUGAUGAGGACGGGGGCGGGGACGGGUGUGGGUGUGGGGACGAGGUUGGGGCCGCCGAGGAGGUCGUCGAUGGAGAGUGCGAGGAGUGGGACGUCGAAGAGGGAGUCGUUGAUUAGGUUGGAUGGGAUGUUGUUGAGGCAUAUGGAGGCGGAGAGGACUAGGAUGAAGGGCAUCACGGAGGGUGUUAAGGCGGCGGAGAACCAGACGCCGAGGAGGGGUGGGGCGGGUGGGGAUUAGAAAGGCGGUGGGGCAGGUAUGGCAUUUUU